CGCGACACCCGCCUCCACACCCCCAUGUACUUCUUCCUCCUCAACCUCUCCAUCCUUGAUCUGGGCUCCAUUUCCACCACUCUCCCCAAAGCCAUGGCCAAUACCCUCUGGGACACCAGGGACAUCUCUUACCCAGGAUGUGCUGCACAGGUCUUUCUGUUGGCCUUCUUGGUUGGAGCAGAGUUUUCUCUUCUCACCAUUAUGGCUUAUGACCGCUAUGUUGCCAUCUGCAAACCCCUGCACUACGGGACCCUCCUGGGCAGCAGAGCUUGUGUCCACAUAGCAGCAGCUGCCUGGAGCAGUGGGUUUCUCCAUGCCGUGCUGCAUACAGCUAAUACAUUUUCACUACCCCUCUGCCAAGGCAAUGCUGUUGACCAGUUCUUCUGUGAAAUCCCCGAGAUCCUCAAGCUCUCCUGCUCAGAUGCCUACAUCAGGGAAUUUGGGUUUCUCGUGGUUGGUAUUUUUUUAGUUUUUGCUUGUUUUGUUUUCAUCAUAUUGUCCUAUGUGCAGAUUUUCAGGGCUGUGCUGAGGAUCCCCUCUGAGCAGGGACGGCACAAAGUCUUUUCCACGUGCCUCCCUCACCUGGCCGUGGUGUCCCUGUUUAUCAGCACUGCCAUGUUUGCCUAUUUGAAGCCUCCCUUCAUCUCUUCCCCAUCCCUGGACCUGGUAGUGGCUGUUUUGUAUUCGGUGGUGCCUCCAGCAGUGAACCCCCUCAUCUAUAGCAUGAGGAACCAGGAGCUGAAAGACACACUGAAGAAACUUCUUCAAUCAGCAGUCUUUCAGCAGCAAUAA